CGGAUUUGAGCGAACGGCGGUCGUAUAUUUUCGGUGCCGCUCACGCGUGGCCAGAAGCCUCGCUGGGAACAAAAAAAAGCAAGCGGCGGGGUCUCGCCUGACCUGCACAGGUUGCGCCCUCUUCGCUCCGCUCCCCAUCCUGGGCAGGGGGCCUAGCGCUGCGGUGCUGCCGCUAUCCCGAGGCUGCGGGGCGGUAGCUCCAAUCGCGGGGACCGAUCUAGGGUGACCGUUCCCACCCUGGGACAAGCCUCGGGGCCUCACGACACUCGGAGAACGCGACCGACCGGCGGACAGACACCAGGACUAAGGCCUACAGCCCUUGGACCUGGUGACCCUCCAGAGGGCGCGCAGAGGGCAUACACAGUGGCCAAGGGUCCUGCGGCGACCCGAGAGACCCCCCGAAGGCUGCGUCCCGGUGCAGGGAGAGUCAGCACUCGCAGGCGAGCCAGGACCCCGGGACUCGGCCGCCUUAAAAACGUCACGGUACAAUCAGGCGGCUGAGAAUUGGGCGUAAAGGCAUUCUUGGCGGAUAAACAGUGCGCCGCCGAUUAAGGAAAGGAAGCUGGGAGAACUUGACUUUAUUCCAACCACAUGGUUCCAGUCAGCGGUGGCCUUCUUGCGGCAGCUGAAAGCGACGCUGCGCCGGCCCCAUCUGGAUUGGAGUCUAAUUCGGCCUCUGGCCCACUGGACUUGGGACGGGGAACGCUGCCGCGGGCCCAGCCGAGCGAGACCACCUGUGAGGACGGCUGAGAUUGGCGGAGGCGGUCAUGUGGGCGGUCACGUGCUGCAGCGAGCUCCGUCCAAAAGAAAAUGGGGUUUGGUGUAAAUCUGGGGGUGUAAUGUUAUCAUAUAUCACGCUACCUCGUAAAACCGACACUGAAAGCUGCCGGACAACAAAUCACAGGUCAAAAUUAUGAGUUCUUCGUAUUAUGUGAACGCGCUUUUUAGCAAAUAUACGGCGGGGACUUCUCUGUUCCAAAAUGCCGAGCCGACUUCUUGCUCCUUUGCGCCAAACUCGCAGAGAAGCGGCUACGGGGCGGCCGCCGGCGCCUUCCCUUCGACCGUACCGGGCUUGUACAAUGUCAACAGCCCCCUCUAUCAGAACCCCUUCGCGUCUGGCUACGGCCUGGGUGCCGACGCCUACGGCAACCUGCCCUGCGCCUCUUACGACCAAAACAUCCCGGGGCUCUGCAGUGACCUCGCCAAAGGCGCCUGCGACAAGGCAGACGAAGGCGCGCUGCACGGCUCGGCCGAGGCCAAUUUCCGCAUUUACCCCUGGAUGCGGUCUUCAGGGCCGGACCGAAAGCGGGGCCGCCAGACCUACACGCGCUACCAGACGCUGGAGCUGGAGAAGGAGUUCCACUUCAACCGCUACCUGACGCGGCGCCGCCGCAUCGAGAUCGCCCAUGCGCUCUGCCUCACCGAGCGCCAGAUCAAGAUCUGGUUCCAGAACCGCCGCAUGAAGUGGAAGAAAGAGCAUAAGGAGGAGGGUCCGGCCGCUUCCGGCGCCCCCGAGGGUGCCGCGCCCGCCGCCUCUGCAGCCGCCGCCGCCGCCGCCGCCGCCGCGGACAAGGCCGACGACGAGGACGACGACGAGGAGGACGACGACGAGGACGAGGAGGAAGAGGAAUGAGGCCCGGCUGCCCCAGGCAGUCUGGAAAGCGUCUUUAGAGACUGAUUUUAUUUACAAAAGUGAAAAAAAAAUAAUAAGAAAAUGU